ACGUCAGGCCCAACGGGAACGAGCUUGUCAGCGAGGCUGCGGAGGAUGCCGACCCCGCAGCGGGGACAAGCGCCGGGCGAGAUGCUCCUCGCCAACCACCGGUUACUUCCCGCAUCAACGCCGAAACCAUUACCACCUCCACCAUCAUCCUCCCCUUCCCAUCCUACCUCGGCGACUGCUACGACGACCACCCGGCACUCAUGAAGCCCCCGUUGUGGAAGAAGAAGCAGCCCAACCCUGCCAAAGUGAGGCGGAAAGAAGAGGCCCGCUGCGAGCACAGAGUAGAAUGUACUGGCGCGUCGGGUUCGCGUGGACGCGGUCGUGUGUGCUGGAUCUAGGCCUGAACGGGAGCUUCUCGGGGGGGCUGGACGAGCCGCUGUACGGGUACGGGUACAUCAUCGCCUGCCCCUUGCAGGACUACGGCGGGAUCAUGUCAGCUCUCGGCUCCGACUCGUGGUGGAGAAAAACGCUGUAUCUGACAGGAGGGGCUCUGCUGGCGGCCGCUGCUUACCUUCUGCAUGAGCUCCUCUACAUCAGGAAGGAGGAAGAGCUGGACUCUAAAGAUGCGAUCAUCCUCCACCAGUUCUCGAGGCCUCGGACUGGCGGCCCGUCCCUGUCCCCCUUCUGCCUCAAGAUGGAGACCUACCUGCGCAUGGUGGACCUGCCCUAUCAGAACUACUUUGACGGGAAGCUGUCGCCGCAGGGCAAGAUGCCGUGGAUCGAGUACAACCGGGAGCAGGUGUACGGCAACGAGUUCAUCAUCGACUUCCUGGAGGAGCGACUGGGCGUGGGCCUCAACAAGAACCUGAGCCCCCAGGAGGAGGCAGUGUCCCGGGCCGUCACCAAGAUGGUGGAGGAGCACUUCUACUGGACCAUCGCCUACUGCCAGUGGGUGGACAACCUGGAGGAGACCCAGAAGAUGCUGGCGGUGUGCGGGCCGCUAAGCGACCUGCUCCAGUGGAUCCUGAGUCACCUGACCGGCGGCAUCGUGCAGCGGGAGAUGUACGGCCACGGGAUUGGCCGCUUCUCCGAGGAGGAAGUGUACGCCCUAAUGGAGAAGGAUAUGCGCACGCUGGCCACCCUGCUGGGGGACAAGAAGUACCUUAUGGGCUCCCGGCCCUCCACGGUGGACGCAGCCGUCUUCAGUCACCUGGCCCCCGCCAUGUGGACGCUCCCAGGGACCCGGCCUGAGCAGCUCAUCAAAGGCGAGCUCAUCAACCUGGCCAUGUACUGCGAGCGCAUCCGGAGACGCUUCUGGCCCGAGUGGUUCGUGGACCUGGAGGACCUCUGUUACCGUGACGACACGGACGACAGCGACACCGACCUGCCCGACCUGGGCCUGUACUCGCGCACGGACACCUUCCAGGACGACACGCACACGCACAUGCACACGCCGCACACGCACGUGCACACGCCGCCGCCCGCCCACACGCACGGCCACGGGCCGUGCUCGCGCGCCCACACCGCCCCUCCGCUCGCUCCGCCGCCGGAGCUGCACUCCCCCGACAGCGACCGCACGGGACACUCGCUGUACGACUCGGACAUGGACACGGAGUGCUCCGAGAUGGAGCCGCUCAAGUGAUGCACGCCACGCGGCCCCCAAGCACGCUGCCGCGACCGCCGCGAUUUAAAAAAAACAAAACACGCAAAGAAUCACGCGCGCGCACACUUUGGAAUCGGGAGCGUUUGACACACGCACGCGUGACUCCUCCUCCUGAUGUCUCUGAGGGGGGAGAGGGGGGCUGUGGGGGCCCCCUAACCCCCCUACGGGCCGGGGGGGGGGGAGAGGACCAGAUGGAGGAGCCUAGAGGUUUUGGGGGGGGGGAUCCUCGAGGGGUAAGGUCUGCCUGUCGUGGUUUUUUGGGAGGGAUUGGAUACUCUGAGAAAAUGAAUACAACUGCGGAUGUCGACCGAAGAAAGCAGGCGAUGCAGCCGAGGUCAGGUGAGAGAGGAAUGAGGAGGUGGGGAAAUAAGAACUAGGGGACAACGGAAAUACACAGGAGUACAUGAUGCCGUCGCUGAUACACUCCUCCCUACGGCCGGUAUCAUCUGCCUACCUAUCUUUUAUUUUGCAGUCCCCAUGGCAACUUUAGCGUAAAUGCUGUGUGCUCCCAUCGUUAUCUGUACCUCAUAAAUCGUGUGUAUGUGUUUUUGUUGAGGAAAUGUACCCCUCCCGAAUACAUGGACAUUUGGGGUUAUGUACAGGAAUUAUAGGAAGAAAAAAAAUCAUUCCGCUGUCCAUACGAUUUGAAAUAGAGCUCCGAUAGAUAGAAUAACAAAUGAUAGAACAGCAUCAAAUAGUACCCAUUUGACGUCAUUUCCCCCUGCUGUCUUGUAGUGUUAGUACUGUACUACUGCGGUACCGUCAUUGUAUAAUAUUUGACAUAAGCUCUCCCACCCCUUCCCCAGCCCUCGCAUAUCUUAAUUUCCUUUGUGUCUUUGCCGUUACCCAUCGUUCAAUCUCAAAGCAAUGACGGGGUGGUUAUCGCUGUGUCUAUGUUUCAUUAACACCAACCGAGAGGAAAGGGCGAACUCAUUUGACAAGCACCUUGCAAAAAAAAAAAAAGAAGAAGAUAAUUACCCUGCGUUGUCAGCCGUCGGUUUCGUCGAACGCCAAGGUGCGAGUUACACGAGACGCUCCGAACAUAGUCCAGCCAUUCAGAGCGGGCGGAACAAUCAUGUAGAAAUAGAUUAGAUUUAAAGAUAUUACUGUAUACUCUGAGAGAGAUGGAGUGCAUGGCUGGUACGUGUACGCAAUCCCCCCGCCCCCCCCACACACACACACACACACACACACACACACACACACACACACACACACACACACACACACACACACACACACACACACACACACACACACACACACACACACACACACACACACACACACACACACACACACACACACACACGCGCGCACGCGCACAGUUCGACAAGAGGUGAUAACAGCAAUAGAGUUCACGGAUAUGACGUAAUCGUAUGCAAAGUAAUAAGUAAUAAUAACAAGACGGCUGUUCCUUCCCCUGUGAGUAAAGCUCACCAGAAGCGUCCGAGCAGCGCACAAACAGCGAUGGUACUGGACGAAUGCCACUGCUGGUGGUACGCAGCAGAUUGUGUGUCUUAUGCGUAUUUGUCGUUCAGCAAACGCGCGUAUAGCCGCCAUAGUAAGCGCACUGUGUUCAAGCUGUGAGUGCACAUGCCAUAAGCCAGGAUUGGGACUGAAAGGUGCAUGGAUGAGUCGUACACAAACACACGCACACUCUUUUUCUCGCUCUCACACACACUGACAUAUUCUCUCUCUCUCUCUCUCUCUCUCUCUCUCUCUCUCUCUCUCUCUCUCUCUCUCUCUCUCUCUCUCUCUCUCUCUCUCUCUCUCUCUCUCUAACUUACUCACAUAAAAGUCUUUGCUAGACUUUAGUUUCUCAAACGUGAACAGACACACACACAAACAUAACCACAACCCAUCACACAACAUGACACAUUUUGUGCUAACUCAAACCAAUGCUAGCAGUCUGGCUUGGGAACUGCAGAGUGGUGACAUGUGCCUCUGGGAAAGUGAUCGCUACGUUAAUUGUGCUAAUACCACUGAUAAUAAUGCUUCUGAAUCACAGGUUUUUUUUAUUCAAAUGAAUAUUUAUGAACUGUACCAUUCAUGACAUUGAAACAGCUGAAAAUGAACAUGGUGAGCCAAGUGAUGUGUGUGUGUCUUUGUGUUUUUGUCUGUGUGUCUGUUUCACUAGUGAUUCCUUUAAAGAUAUUACACAGUGUGGAAACACCAUGUAGUCUUUGUGUCUUAAAGCAAUUUGCCUGCAUGCGCUCACUUUAUUUUCCUCACCUUUCGCACGCCUUUACUCAUCAAAGCCGUUCGCUAGCCAGACAGCUGUAGCCGCUUUCUCUGGGCCUGUGCCAGUAUUUUAACUGUGUUUUAAUAUUUAUUUUUGGUAUUGGAUAUCGUUUCUUUUUUUGGGUCUGGGUCUUUUCAACUUAUAAAUUUGUACUUGUUUUAUCAUUUUUAUGAUGGAGCUUUUAUUUUGUAUUUCAUAUCAUGCUGACUUACUGGUCAGUUGACGCUCUGUUACAUUGAAAAAUAUUUUUGUUAAAAGUCACUGUGUUGAGUUGGUGUAUAAUGAGUGCAUGUAUCCCUGUAUCGCGCUACCAUAUGGUACAACGUUAAACGUAAGGUUAAUAUAAUGCUGUAAAAACUGUCUGUAGAAUCCCCUAAAUCUGCUCUCGACACCUAAAAAAAAGAUUACCCUGGCACAAUAUUACAAACACAUUUCACUCGUUCACAAUUCUACAGUGGCAUUUACACAGCCAUUGGCUAUGCCUUCUCUGUAUAGUUCAAAUGAGCUGAUGAAGACCCCCUUGUCCCACAACUGUUGGCCUGUUCUGCCUUCUUAAUCUCCGCUCUUACCUCUUGUGUCUCCGUCACUGAAUAAGUAAAAAGAUAAUGACGUCCACUUUCCCAUUUCCACCAGACUCUCAGUUGGCUGUAGCCCGGGGUCCCAGGGCCGGGUGUGGUCUUCGUUGUGUCCCCUCCUUGUGGAGGUAUCUGCUUGUAGAAUCUAGAAGCCAUAUUGCAUAUUGUCGGUUGUCGUUGUAGGUGUGUGUGGAAAAAAGAAACUAAGAAACCCCAUGUGGAUACAUAUGAAUUUGUAAAUAAGCAGCCCAAAACACAAUAGAUAAAUUAACACAAAUAUA